AUGCUAAUUAGUAUAAACAGGCCUGCAGUAGUGCGCUUGUUAGGAGAAAGGAGAUAAUGGAUAAAGCAAGAAAGAAGAACUUUAGCGAAUGCGAGGUGGAAGUGCUGAUUUCGGAGGUAGAGGCCAGAAAUAAAAUCUUGUUUGGCUCUCUUUCCUCCGGAAUCAGCACUAAAACAAAAAAACUGGCGUGGGAAUCGGUAGCAAAAUCUGUUAAUGAGGUUGGGGCGGAAAGCCGAACUGUGGCGGAUAUAAAAAAAAAGUGGUCGGACAUAAAAGUUGAUGUCAAAAAAAAGGUCUCUGCCCACCGGAGAAGCGUGGGUCAGACGGGCAGCGGAGCCGGAGUCGGGGAGCUCGCCCUAUUCGAGCAGAGGGUGGCCGCAGUGCUGGGGGAUCGGCUCCUUUUUGGCGUGGUCCCGCCAGCCGAAGGGGAUUCCGACUUGGCCCAGGAUCCCACGGAAGACAGCCAAGGACCAAGUGGCGCACAGCUGAUGGUGCCAGAGGAAGACCCCCAGCCAGGCGUGUCCGGCGUCUCCGUCUCCACUGCCCAUUGCCCCCCUUCUGCUGCCAGUGGGAAAGGCCGGGUUUUAACUCGCGCUGUGCUGGACUCGCAGGAGGAGAUCGUUAAGGGAAUUCAGGAGAUGAAUUCGAACCUCAAAGAAAUAACGGAGGCCUUACAAGCAAUUAGUCUCACAUUCAAAGAACUAGUUAAAAAAUGAAUGUUGUCUCCGUUUACCUUUUUUAUAUUC